GAUUUAGAAACGAAUUCUAAUAGAUUGUAAAUGAAUUCUAAAACAGACACUUAUACUAAAUUAUUAGAUAUAAGAUAUUAAGAGGAACAUGAAUAAUACAACGGAGGUUUGCAUUAAUAAAACGGACACCGGUGCUCCACGGAGCGGUUACGAUUUACCGGUGUACGGUUUGUCAACUGGAUCGUUUUACCGGAUACAUAUUCCAGCUCUGUCAUGUAUUUCUUUAAGUCUUUGUUGCGUAAUCAUAGUCAUGGUUUUGUCGUACUCUCACAAGAAUUUCAGGAAGUUCUUUUCUUGGGCAAAACGUGAUCGAUUUAUCAUUUAUCUUGCUAUUUGCGACGGUGGAUUUAACAUUUUUCACGGCCUUGACCAUCUGCAUUACCUCACAACUAAGGAUCACAUUCGGCCUAAGAUAUUGUGCGAGUUUUAUGGCUUUCUUUUGACAGAAUUUAUCACAGCACAAAAUCUUCUAGUGAAUGUAGUAGCGAUAAAUGCGUUUAUUAUGAUGUUUUUCAACAAGAACAUAAACUUUGGAAGAUAUGAUUGGAAACUAUUGGCGUGGACAUUUGGUUUACCUUUUGUUGCCGCCAUUGCCGCUGCUUUUACGGGACAGCUCGGACCAAACGGAACUUUCUGCCAGUUUGACGCCAUUACCGGAAGUGUAGCUUUCAUCCUGUUCACAACCGUUCCAACUGUCCUCAUUUUUAUUGUUAACAGUGUUUUAUACUUGUUGACAUGGAAACGUAUUAAAGAACAAGUUUCCGGAAUAUCCCAGUCGUUGAAGAAUUCAAAUGUGACGGAUAAAUCACGGCGAGCAGCCAGGAACAUGUCGUUGUUCGUUUUGGCAUUCUUUAUACAAUGGUGGUCGUGUGCUGUAUUUAGCGUGUGGCUGUUAAUUGAUAUAAACGUGCCCCUUUUCUUCAUUAACAUUGAGACCACGUUAGUAAACCUUGGAGGAUGUUUGAAUCUAGCUAUCUACUUAAUAAUGAGACGGAGAGACAAAUGUAACGAAGACGACGGGAACAAAAACACGAUGGUUACGGACGACAACUUGAGCGCAGCGCACUCUGUUGACAACGCUGUUGCACUAUCGUCCGUGGGGGAAACUGCCAUAGCACCGUCUGGAAUAAGGUCAUAUUUACCGGCAUGUGAUAAUGGCGGCACUACAUGUGAGAACGGAUGUAAAUAUUCGUACAGUUCGAAUGACAGUGAACCCCCGUUUGAAAAGGAGUCAUCUUGCACGGAACAAGUAAACAACAAGAUAUAGGAAACGAACAAAAGUUUUAUUCACGUCUAUCAGUAUCGUUUUAUGAAAGUUCCAAAGUUAUAGAAGUAAAGAUCUAAAAAAAUUAUAUUAUAUUAAUAGAUUUGAAUGGUUACUCUGCACAUGUAAAAUUCCAAAAAGAAAAGUGAAAAUCCCGACCCAAAUCUUUAACUGAACGAAUCAGGC